AUGGGACGUCUAGGCGGUUUAUCGUUGCAAGAAAUGCUUGAUUUCAUUCAAGAACUCGAUGAAGGAGAAGAUCAAAAUCAACUGUGUGAUAUUCCAACCACUCUUUAUAUCGAGCCUCCUGUGGAUGGCAACGAAUCUGGCGAAGAUGACGCUGAAGAUGAUUGUGCGGGCAUUCCAGAUAAUGUUUGCCCGGCUCGGCUAAGAGGAGAUUUGCCUGCUAUUGAGGUUGAAGGCACUUAUAAUGAGAUGAAGGAUGAAGAAACAACGGCUAAUCGUUCAGAAUCUUCAAUGAGGAAGCGCUUACGUACAAUUGAACCGAAACCUUCAAACGUUGCAUUGCCAUCAGGAAACAAGGAAACUGUAUUUGAAUGGGUCAAGAAGAAAUCGUCAUCUCUAAUUCCAAUUUUUCCAAGCGCAAAUUACGAGGAUUGUCGCCAUUCACUGCCACACGAACAGUUUGAAAAAUUUUUUGAUGACACAUUAUUGGAACAUAUUUGCGAACAAAGUGCGUUAGAUUCGGUGGAACAGAAUAGACCGAACCCAAAUAUAACAGUCAGCGAACUUAGAGCAUUCAUAGGCAUAUUGAUCGUCACUGGCUACAAUUAUGACUUCAAUUACAAACAUUUGUGGAGUCAGGAUGAAGACAUUCGGAACAAUCUUGUCAGUAACACCAUGCGUCGGAAUCGUUUUCAAGAGAUUUUGCAAAAUCUCCACUUCGAAGAAAAUUCCAAGGCUUCUUCAAAAGACGCCCCAAAUCCUGACAAAAUGUGGAAACUGCGUCCUCUUACGGAUCAUUUGAAAGCAAAAAUGAUAGAAAAUUUCCAUCCGGAACAAAAUCUUUCUUUCGACGAAAGCACGAAUUGCAAUGGAAGUAUGGGUAUAACGUGGAAUCCAGCGGGACAAAACUGCACUUUGCUCUUGGAAUGCGGUUGA